CAGUGCGUGCCUGGUCCGUUCCAGUCCGUCGCAAAGCAAGCACGGAGAGCAUCAAGGCCACUCUUUUCCCGAAUCCAUCGCCUUACUCGCCGAAAGCUUAGUCCCUUCAGAGGGCGCCAGCAGUCGAAAUGCCCCAGAACGAGUAUAUCGAGCGACAUCGCAAGCUUCAUGGCAGGCGCCUGGAUCAUGAAGAGCGCGCCCGCAAGAAGGCGGCACGCGAGGGCCACAAGCAAAGCGAAAAUGCCCAGAACCUGCGCGGCCUGAGAGCCAAGCUGUACGCCAAGCAGCGCCAUGCCCAGAAGAUCCAGAUGCGCAAGACCAUCAAGCAACACGAGGAGCGGAACGUCAAGGGCGCCCCAGCCGAGAAGGAGCCGUCCGAGCCCAUCCCCGCCUACCUCCUCGACCGCGCCAACCCGACCACGGCGAAGGCGCUGAGCUCGCAGAUCAAGAAUAAGCGGGCCGAGAAGGCUGCACGGUUCUCGGUGCCGAUUCCGAAAGUUAGGGGUAUCAGCGAGGAGGAGCUGUUCAAGGUUGUCAAGACGGGCAAGAAGACACAGAAAAAGGGGUGGAAGCGAAUCGUUACCAAGCCUACCUUUGUCGGGCCCGACUUCACGAGGCGGCCGGUCAAAUACGAACGCUUCAUCCGGCCCAUGGGUUUGCGGUACAAGAAGGCCAACGUCACCCACCCGACUCUCAACGUCACAGUACAACUUCCGAUUCUGAGCGUCAAGAAGAACCCAAGCAAUCCUCUGUACACGCAACUAGGUGUGCUCACCAAGGGUACAAUCAUCGAGGUCAAUGUCUCCGACCUGGGUAUCGUCACAGCCUCUGGAAAGGUUGCUUGGGGUCGGUACGCGCAGAUUACGAACAACCCAGAGAACGAUGGUUGUUUGAACGCCGUUCUCCUAGUAUAAUGCUGCUCCAACUUCCAUUCUCCGUACCUCCAAGUUCAGUGGCAGGCGUGCCACAAUUUUCUCAUGGAAACGGCGUUUUGGCGUUGUUGGAGAUGGUGUCGGCUCAAUAUUAUGCAAAUCUGCAGCGGCAUUGUUGUAGGCAGUCUAGAAUUGCUCAGUUUGAUUCAGAGUGGCAGAGGAGUCCCAGGUGGAAGAGGGCGACGGCAACUGAAAACUUGCCUCGCAAAUCGACUGGAAAUCCGAGUGUGAUAGGGGAACAAACAACGUAGCGGGCCACCGGUGAGGUCCCUUCAAACAUGCGGAUAGCCAGCAUCAAAAGCCUUCGGAGGGUCCACGUUGGUUGUUGAUGUACCCCUUUGCCGUUUCUUCUGUCGCGGCCAGCACAAAACUUCAACUGCCGACGCACACAGAGACCAAUCGAGGAAAUCACCGGCCAGGGCAUUGAAGAAGGCCAAGCUUCCAUACCAACGCCUGGCUAAU